AUGCAAGUUCACUCGUUGCAGGCAACCUACGUAUGGAUUGACGGAACUGGAGAAAAUAUGCGAGAAAAGACGCGAACUUUGAAGAAAGACCCUGGCGGUGUAGAGAAUUAUCCUAGAUGGAGUUUCGAUGGUUCUUCUACGUAUCAAGCUUCAAAAGGAGAGAAUUCUGACAUGAUUCUAGUACCAGUGGCAAUUUAUCCUGACCCAUUCUUUGGCGGUAAUCACAAGUUAGUCCUUUGCGAAGUAUUAGAUGCGCAUGGUCAACCAGCAUGUAAUGAUCUUAUGACUCCGUUUUCGCACUUAUUUGGGUUUGUGUUUACAGCAACCAAUCACCGUCACAAAUGCAAAGAAGUUAUGGAUAAAAUUGAUCAUACUGUUCCUUGGUUUGGAAUGGAGCAGGAGUACUUAUUCCUCGAUCGUGACGGACACCCAUUGGGAUGGCCGAAAUUUGGCUUUCCUAAACCACAAGGUUGCAUCUCAAAUGAAAUAGUUCCUGGCAUAGGACCAUAUUAUUGCGCUGUCGGUGGCGAUCGUAUUUUCGGUCGUGAAAUAGUGAAUACACACUACCGUGCAUGUUUGUAUGCGGGUUUGGAGCUAUUUGGCAUUAACUCUGAAGUUACACCCGGACAGUGGGAAUAUCAACUUGGAGAGUGUAGAGGUAUCGAAUUGGGCGACCAGAUGUGGAUGUCACGGUAUAUUCUGCACAGAGUUGCCGAACAAUUCGGAGUGACCGUUACCUUUCAUCCAAAACCCGCUAUUACUCGAGGACCCUGGAAUGGUGCAGGAGCUCAUUGCAAUUUCUCCACUGAAGAAAUGCGUUCCGAAGGUGGUAUAAAAGCUAUUGAAGCGGUGAGUGUGCAAAGACCCACUAUUAAUAAAAUGAGUGUA